AUGAAAUCAUCCAGAUCGACACCACAAAACACAUCGUCCUUACGGUCAGGGCAGGCCCCUGACCAACAUUCAACGAGACUGGCCCUGCAGUCAUGUCUUAAGCACCUCGACAGGUUAGAGUAUCGCGUGCACGAGGAAAUCCAAGGGGUCCGUAGCCUCUUUAGGGAACUCCUUGACAACUGCCAGUCAGAUGCCACAACGGAGAAUUCAGGCGAAUGCAAUAGCACCGUCGACUCCAAAGCUGGAUUUGAUGGCCUCAAUACAAUUCACUGCCUCGUGCCACAGCCUGCACCCCAUGGAACAUCAUUCAGAGUCACUGGAUUGCUGUCAGAAGGUACAGGUUCUCCCCAAGGUUUAUUGCCCUACAACGCCCGCAGUUCUGCCAACUAUGUAGCUCACCUCCAGCACAGCAUGUACUCGGAAGCCUUUUCGGCAUCCUGCGACCCGCGUGUCACGGAAUUGCCAUCAGAUCAUCUUUUCCCUAAACGCUUACAAUGUGUCCCCAGACCUAUCGCUGCGUGGGACGUUCGAUUCUGGCUAUGGGACCGCUGCGGAACCCUUCCAGGGCAUCUAUUUGGAGGAACAUGUCCUGUCAAAUUCUUCAGCCAGACUCAGACCCGAAAUGCAACUGCUAGCCAAGCAAAGGACAAAGUAAAAUGUACCUGGAACGGGUGCUCGGCACUCGUCAACAAGGAUAACCUCACUCGUCACGUCGGGGAGUACACCACGGCACAAACCAUUACUGCCACCAAUGCAAAUUGUUUUUUCUUGACUGACCAGGACCCCGUCGCCCUGGUUUUUCUGCCAUUGUUAGAUAACAAGGGUCACCUGCCUUCGUUCUUGCCACCACAGCCUAAUAAGCUCGGGCCAAAACUCAUCGCUAUGACAGACGAAAUGAUGUGGGAGUUCAAAACGUUUAAGUGCGGACUCCUCGUCUCUGAGCAAAACUCUCGAAAUCGUCUCCGCGAAGUGGUUGCAUCCGGAGUCGGAGACUCGCUCCCAGCCCAGGGGGGCAACACCAAUGAAGAAUAAGAAGGCGAUAAACAAGGGCAAUCAGAGAUACUUGAUUACCAUUGUCCUGAGAAAAAAGAGCAAUAAAUAUUGAGACCCGUAGGUCUACCACUCCGGGAAAGCGUGUCAUCCUUGUGCAGGGGCCAUGCUAAUCUUCUCUGUAUCGUUCCAAUUUUUCGUAUGUCACCCCGAAGGGGACAA